GCCCUCGGAGUGGCGCAGGAAGAACAGCCUGAUCCAGGUGGGCUCCCAGCACGUGCUCCUGGCUGCCUGAGCGUGGGCUGAGGCUCCACCACUCCACACACCUAUUUCCUGCAAUCCUGGCAAUUACCAAUGGAGUGAAACCCAGUUUCUGACGUGGCUGACUCAGCAAGGGCUUGGCUCAAAACAAACACAUCCACGCAGGGAGCCACAGCCCGGGAAGCAGCGACGGGUGGCACAUGAAGGGACGGCGGCAGCAGAGCUGGAGAGUUUUGGCAUUCUGGGUCCAACCUGGCUGAAUUCCUGGACUCCUGGCUGAGUUCUUCCUGGACUUGCUUCUUCAUCCUGGUCUCUGAGUGCUCCAGCAGCUUCCCCUCUCCACUCCAGGACUCCUGGUUGCUCCAACAGAGUGUAAGUCUCUCCUGCACUCUGUUCUCCCAGCGUUGUCUCCUGCACUGUCGCUUUCUUCAUCCCCCUUCUCCCGUAUUCCCUGGGCUCCUUCGGUGGGACUGAGUCACCGUCUCGUUCCCAGCCACCCACGGCGCUUUUCCGGCAGUGCCCCUCCUCGGAAGGUGCCUGGUUACCAUGGCACCCGAGUGCCCUUCUGUUCUAGAUGCCAGAUUAGAUCUGUUCUCAUGGUGACUGUGCCUCUGCUGUUCCCCACCAGCCCGGAGCCGCAGCACACGUUUAACGAGCUCGCUCACACACCGCCUGCCGCUCCUCUCCACUCCAGGGGGAGACUCCUUCAGAUCCCAGACAAGCCGAGUGCUCCUUGCCACGGCGUGGAGUUUGCAUUUCCUGCACUACCAGCCUCUCUGUGCUCCUUGCAGCUCCAGGAACGGGGCAGGAAGAGGUUGAUCCUGUUGCGUGGCUCUCUGCUGAUCCCUGGGCUCCUGCCUGUGAGGAGCCAGCAUUCCUGCUCCUCGCUGCCUUUCCUCACCAUGGAUACUUGGCGCAGGGGGUCCCUCAAGUCCACCACCUUCUUCCGGCGCUUCUCCCUCAGGAGGCACAAAAAGCUGGGCAACCAAGUCAUCAUCCUGAACCAGAACAGCCACACUCUGGACACGGACGGCCAGAAGAGGGAAGGCUUGAGGGAUCUGAAGGACAAGUCUGAGUACCUGUCCUGUCAGAGCGAGCAGAACCUGGCCAAGGCACAAGCCCCUCCCAAGCCUCCCCGGCUGUACCUGGACAGUUCCAGCUGCCCCAACAUCAUCGACCGCACAGAUUCCCACUCCGACCUCUCCUUUUCCGACGCUGCUCCGUACCACAAAGGCACUCCCACGCACAAGGACCAGGCUACGGACCACGGCACCUCAGAGGCGGGUCUCCCCAGCAGCACCACUCUUCCUGAGCUGGCUGACCCCUUCCUGUCCUUCAAAGUGGAUUUGGGGCUAUCUCUCCUCGAGGACGUGCUGCAGACCCUCAGGAAACAGAACCCGAGGGAUUACGCCAUUUGAAGGUAUUCUUUGUCCAUCACAUCCCAGUUACUCACUGCUGCUGCCAGUUCCUCCCGUUCCAGCAGGAGGAAGGACACUGGAGCAUGCCUGUUGUGUGUGGCCUGUUUUGUUGUCCUCGCCUCACCCACCACAGAGCAUCCCUGUCCUUGCCAAGGAAUCCUCUGGAGCAGAGCUCACAGGCUCUGUGCUCAGGUGAGAGCAUCGUCUGCUGUCUCAUGGCCAACUUUCCGCUCUCCACCCCGGGAAUUUCCCACUCCGGACUGCGCAUCCCAUCCUCAGGGAAGACUGCCACUUUUUGGGAAAGACUUAUUUCGGGGAUGUGACACUGUGGGGCAGGGACACACAGGGAUUUGGCAUGGAUCACUUGUGGAACAGCAGGCAGCCUGCAAGGAGGCAGCAGCACUGCACCCCGAAGCCAAAGCUUUGAGGGCUGAGAGACAGGAACUGGGGCUUCUCCUCCCACCAUGUUUGGAUGUGAAAGCUCAAAGCUGUUCCUCCGUUUUUUCUCUUCCUCUUUGUGGGUUUCUUUUCCCUUAACUCCAGUGCAGGUGGCACUCCCAGCCAGGUAAGCAUCCAAGUAGGCUCCUGAUACAGCACCAGCAGUGGAUUUAUCCUCCUGGCAGGAGAAGAGGUGUCUCUGACACUGCUGCCUCACGCAUGCACUGAGCUCCCAGCUGUACAGACAUAGAAGAAUAAAUGUAUCUGUGACUGGAA